AUCGGUAGUUACCUGAAAGACUAACCAAACGAGUGUAUUUUAUUAUUUCUCAUCAUAUUUAUAUAAACAGGCCGUAUGUUGGUAUAUAAAUAUUACAUAUGUUUGUAUAUAAGUAGUUAUUAAUGCAGCAGUUCUAUGCUUGAAUAGAAAUUACCUACAGCCUUUGCUGUCUUACAAAUUUAUGCAAAAAUCUGUGCAGGCGUAUACGUACCAACAUUUACAAUUGACUACAAUGAGCAAACGAAACUAAUAUUUCAGGUUAUUUGGUUUUUUUAUCACAUUUACCUUCCGUUUAUUGCGCGCCGUGGGCAGGAACAUUUUUUACCGAAAAAUUGUCAGACAGCUGUGAAUCGAGACUCGAAAUUGAUACCUUUUUAGAGAAAAUUUUAGUUCAAGUCAGCAAUCAAACAAUGAACAAAGUCUUCUUGAACGAUUAUGAUUUAACUUUAAAGAUGAAAAUUUGAUUAAGAUUAUGUAUAAUAUAGGUAUAUUUUCUGUUGAAAAAAACCUAAAAUCGCCACAAAAUAAAUGUAUUGUGUGUUCUAUACUAGACGUAUUUUAAACAACACCCUGUGUUAUCAGCUGAUACGCAGAUGUAUUUACUUAAGUCAAGUGUGGUGUUAAAUUAAGUUUAUAUAAAUAUAAAUUUUUAGUUGAAAUUAUAAUAUGUCGCAACUUCGACGAGAAGCCUUAAGAGCGUUUAAGAAAUUACAUCGCACAAGGCAAUUCGUGUUCCAAGGAGACGAGCUUACGUUGAAAGCCGGGCGUAAAGAAAUAAAUGACCAGUUUCGGAAAAAUCAAAACGAAAAAAAUGAGGAGGAAAUAAAAAAGAUGAUACAACUGGCCCAUGACGUUGACAAUGAACUACGCACAAGUGUUAUACAAGCCGUUCAGGAAAAAGAAGGAGUAUAUAAAUUACGUAUCACGGAAGAAACGACACGAUUGGACAACGUUGUUUUCAAUCCAGAUGCUAUAAUUGAGAAGCCAACCUCCCGAAAUCGUAAAGGAAAUUCUAUGGGCGGCUGUUGUGGAGGGCAAAACCCUUCUAAAAACUGAAUCAAUAAAUCCCAAGUAUCGAAACCUAGUUAUCUUUAAAAUCCAUGUGAAAAUAAUAACAAUAUAUAAUAGUAAUUAAUAACUGUAUUAUUUCCUA